GGCGGCGGGCGGUGAGGGCCCGGUGAGGCCCCAGGAGCGCGGGGCGGCGGCGGCGGCCAGGGCGGGAGCGCGGGAGCGCGGGGCGGAGGCGUCAGGCGCGGGCGGCGGCGGGAAGGGGAGACGAGAGCGGGCGUGUCUUCGUGCAACCGGGACUCUGUGAGACGCCGCGGGCUGGUGCUGCGGGCGCUGCCCGGGGCCCGCCGCGCCGUCGGUGCGGGAUGGAGGUGACGCACCCGCUGGAGCUGUUCCCUGGCUGCAGCGUCACCGUCCUCCUCUUCACCGGCGUGAAGAAUGCCGCUGCCCUCCGAAAGAAGGCCAUGGAGGGAUCCAUUGAAGGAGCGUUAAUAAACCCUGCAAUGAUUGUAGAUCCUUUUCAAAUUCUUGUGGCAGCCAACAAAGCAGUUCAUCUACACAAGAUAGGUAAAAUGAAGACCAGAACCCUGUAUGCAGAAAUUAUUUUCAGCCUUUCACCAAACAACAAUAUUUCAGAUGCUUUUAAAAAGUUUGGCAUUUCAGACAGUGACACAGCAGUGCUCAUUGUUCUGGUUGCGGACAGGGAAAAACCUGUAAAUCUGGAAGAUAUAGCAUCUCAGGUAGAAGGCCAACAAGUUUCUCUAGAGGAGCUCUCCCAACUAACAGACACUGCCAAAGUUAAAAAGAUGUACAAAGUUACUCCACAGGAAGAAAAAAUUGGCACCUUAUUGGACAGUAUUGUUUGCAGAAUGUCAACAAAAGAUGUUUUAUGAAAAUGUGGAAAUAAAUUUUGUUUUAAACAAAAAA